AUGCCGCCCGCGCCCGCGAUCCGCGGUGGCCCGUGGGCUUCCAGCUCCGGCGGCGGCAAGCGCGGUACCGCAUCCAAGAUGCACCAGGGCGGAAAGGGCAAGACAGUGCUGCAGAAUGCGGGCACCGGUGCGAAGCGACACCGUCGUCUGGCUCGUCGUGGCGGCGUCAAGCGGAUUUCCGCCAUGAUCUACGACGACGCCCGUGAGGCUCUAAAGACUUGGCUGGAGUCUGUCCUAAGAGACUGCGUGACGUAUGCGGAGCAUCGUAAGGCGAAGACUAUCACUAUUCACGAUGUCUUGCAUGCCUUGGCUCGCAAGGGCAAGCCAAUCUAUGGCUUCGACCCCGAUACCUUUGUCGACCCGAAGUCGCGCAAGGCCAGGGCAGCAGGCAUUCAGGACUGA